UCGGCGUCUACGUCGCUUCGGAGCUUGCGCACGCAGGAGAGACGCGACCUGACCCAUCCUUUUCGACUCCUCCUUUGGAUCCCGAGGGGGCGGUACUUUUUGGCGUGCCAGACCCGGGAUUGAGAGAGUCAUUGACUAUCAUAUCCACCUGGUUCAGAUGCGCUCUCUUCAUUAGAAGAAGAAAGGGGCGUGGCUCCAAUUGGGAUGAGUAGCUACCAUGGAAACCCCCUAAGCUGCAUCAAUGGCUUUAUUUAUAGGAGGCGGGAAGGAGCAUGGUGGCUGCAGCUGACGCAACAGGAGGAGCCAAGUCGUGCCUCCUUCUGAGAGAUCUCACUUAAAUCCAGCUUAAAUCCAGCAGAACCUGCCAUCUUGACACUACAUUUGGAGAAAAAAAAUCCCUGCUAUUCUGAAAUAGCAUACCAAACUCUGUGUGAGAACACUGGCUUUGCAGAGCAAGUGGCUAAUGAUGGCGAAGAGGUAUUGGGGCGCUGUUAACGAUCAUUGGUGAAAACAGGACACCCUCUCUGUGUGAUGGGAGAUUCUGCAAUAACUGUACAUUAUUUUGGCAUUGGAAGCCCAGACAACCACUUCUUGCAUCAGUAGAGGAAAUAACAGAAACAACAUUUUCCCCCUGCAUUCAAAUAUAGGGGAGUUACAUAAACGUUUCAAGAAGUGACAAGACCUCUUCUGACAUACUUCUGCACUGAUUCUUCAAGGUGAAGGGGGAGGGGGGUGCCUAGAGACCCCCCCCUCCCCCAGGAGAGAAAAACUUUAGGGUGGCUACCCUUCAUCUGUGUGAAGAUGCUGCCUGUCAGGCAGCACAAUUGCUUGGAGUCAGUUACAGCUGAAUUGAAGAGAGCAGACUGUCCUGAAUCAGGAAAAGACAGGGGAUGCUUCUGAGGAGGCCUUCUCAAACAUGGGAUGUAAAGAUGGAAAAAUGUGACACAUUGAAGUAGAAGGACCAGGGAUCAAUUUAGAUCAGAACCUGACCCCAGUUUUGGCUUCAGUAAAAUCAUCGCAACAAGAGCCACAGGGGGCGAGUCACUUAAGAUCGGAAUCCAGCCCUGCCGCUUCAGCUUUGCUCGUAUUGGUCAGGAGGAUGGUUUCAAGUUCACACUAGCCUAAUUGAAAACACUGCAAGAGGCAAACUCAGCAGGUCCAUGGUGGCAGCGUGACACCCAUAAGAGGGGAGAGCACAAGAAGACAGUGUGGAGGCCUGUGCCUGUGAAGGAUGCUGAAGAAAAGCAGUCUGGUUCUCUGGGGCGUGGUGCUUUUUGUGGCCUGGAACGCGCUGAUCCUGUUCUUCUUGUGGACCCGGCCUCAGUCUCUCUCUGACCACAGCCAUCUCACCGAGGAGGUAAUCCGUCUGGCUGAGGAUGCUGAAACGGAGCUAGAGCGCCAGAAGGACCUCUUGCAGCAAAUCUACCGUUACAGUGUCCUCUGGAGCAGGAGGCAGACCAAGCCUCUCCCAGCAGCUGCCGCAUCAGCCCAGCCUUCCACGGCUGCUCCCUUGCCCCACCUCUCUCAAAUCUCUCCCGAUGCUGUACUGCCAGUGCUGGUAAUUGCCUGCGACCGCAGCACGGUCCGCCGCUGCCUGGACAAGCUGCUGCAUUACCGUCCCUCCAAGGAGCGGUUCCCCAUCAUCGUGAGCCAGGACUGCGGGCACGACGAGACGGCCAGAGUCAUUGCCUCCUAUGGAGACGCUGUCAUGCACAUCAAGCAGCCCAACCUGAGUGAUAUCCCUGUGCCCACCGAUCACCGCAAGUUCCAGGGCUACUACAAGAUUGCCCGGCACUAUCACUGGGCCCUGAGCCAGGUCUUUCAGACCUUCCAGUACCAGGCAGCCAUUGUUGUGGAAGAUGAUCUGGAAGUGGCUCCAGACUUCUUCGAAUACUUUCAGGCAGCCUUUCCUCUCCUGCUGGCUGACCCAACCCUUUGGUGUGUCUCUGCCUGGAACGAUAACGGCAAGGAACAGAUGGUUGAUGCUGCCCAUCCGGAGCUUCUCUACCGUACAGACUUUUUCCCCGGCUUGGGCUGGCUUCUGCUGUCUGACCUGUGGAAUGAGCUGGAGCCCAAGUGGCCCAAGGCCUUCUGGGAUGAUUGGAUGCGGCAGCCUGAGCAACGGCGGGGCCGUUCGUGCAUCAGGCCCGAAGUGUCACGCACCAUGACGUUUGGCCGCAAGGGUGUGAGCCACGGUCAGUUCUUUGACCAGCACCUGAAGUUUAUCAAGCUCAACGACCGUUUCGUGCCUUUCGCCCAGAUGGACCUUUCUUACCUCAAGAGGAACGAGUACGACCGCUCGUUUCGGGACCAAGUCUACAGUGCCCCUGAACUGCGGGUAGAAGAGCUGCAGGGUAACCAGCGCCGAGAGCUGGGCACUGUCCGAGUGCAGUAUACCACUCGUGACUCUUUCAAGGCCUUUGCAAAGGCUUUGGGCGUCAUGGACGACCUCAAGUCGGGAGUGCCUCGCGCCGGCUACCGGGGCAUUGUCAGCUUCCUCUACCGAGGCCGGCGUGUUUACUUAGCGCCCCCUUCUGACUGGACAGGCUAUGACCCCAGCUGGAGUUAGCAGCUGAUGAUCCUUAAGCAUGUUGGACUCAGAGGGGAAGGGGUGCUUGA